AGAGGAAGAGGAACAUAAGCGAGGAGGAAGAAGCGGACAGCAGGAGGGCUGCUGGAAGAGGAGCAACAUGGCCGCGCAGUCGGACGGCGGGAAAGCCGGGGUGACGUACGGCGGGUUCGCGCAGCUGUACGAGGGGCACGAGGAUGAUCCGCUGGACUCGGCCGCCAUCCACAUCUGCCAGUGCUGCCGCACGUCCUCGUGCUACUGGGGCUGCCGCUCCGCGUGCCUGGGCCACCUGGGGGGCGCGCACCCGCCCGGCGCAGUGGGCGUCCGCGAGACCCACUGCCCGCCGCGCGAGCAGCUGUGGCUGGACUGCCUCUGGAUCGUUCUCGCGCUGCUCGUGUUCUUCUGGGACGUGGGCACGGACCUGUGCCUGGCGGCGGACUACUAUGGCCGGCGGGACUACCUGUGGUUCGGCCUGACGUUGUUUUUCGUGCUUGUGCCCUCGGUGCUCGUGCAGAUCCUGAGCUUCCGAUGGUUCGUGCAGGACUACACGGGGGGGGGGCUAGGGGUGGUGGAGGGGCUGACCCGGCGGGGCGCGGCGGGGCUGAGCGCCGUGGACCCCCCCGGGAGGGACCGGCUGCGGCUGGCCUCCGUCUGGCUGUGGCAGGCCGUCAUCCACAUCCUGCAGCUGGGACAGGUGUGGAGGUACAUACGGACGCUCUACCUGGGCAUCCAGUCGCGGCGGCAGCGCGAGCACCAGCGGCGCUGGUACUGGGCCAUGAUGUUUGAGUAUGCCGACGUCAACAUGCUGCGGCUGCUGGAGACCUUCCUGGAGUCGGCGCCCCAGCUGGUCCUCCAGCUGUGCAUCAUGAUCCAGGAGAACCGUGCAGAGAGACUGCAGUGCGUGUCAUCCCUGGCCUCGCUCCUCUCCCUGGCCUGGGUGUUGGCCUCCUACCACAAGCUGCUGCGGGACUCGCGGGACGACCAGCGCAGCAUGAGCUACCGCGGUGCGCUGCUGCACCUGCUGUGGCGUCUGCUGACCAUCUCGUCGCGGGUGUUGUCACUGGCGCUGUUCGCCUCGCUCUUCCACCUCUACUUCGGCAUCUUCGUGGUGCUGCACUGGUGCGCCAUGGCCUUCUGGGUAGUGCACGGAGGCACAGACUUCUGCAUGUCCAAGUGGGAGGAGGUGCUGUUCAACAUGGUGGUGGGCAUCGUGUACAUCUUCUGCUGGUUCAACGUGCAGGAGGGCCGCACACGCUACCGCAUGCUGGCCUACUACAGCGUGGUGCUGGCCGAGAACACCCUGCUCACAGGCCUCUGGUAUGCAUACCGGGACCCGGCUCUGACCGACUGGUAUGCGUCUGAGGCGCUGUGCGGCGUGUACCUGUGCUUCGCCGGCGGCGUCCUGGUCAUGCUGCUGUACUACGGCUUCCUCCACCCGGCCUCCGCCCACCUCUCGCCCAGCCCCGCCUCCUCCUGCUGCGCCCAGCUGCUGUGGGGGCUCCCGCUGCCCCCCUCAGCCCCUCCCUCCGCCCCACCCACCCCGGCGCACCUGGCCCGCUCGCAGACGGAGGAGGACCUGGCCGACGACACCUGCCUGCCCGUGUUCCAGGUGCGCUCCUCGGCCUCGGCGGCGGCAGCGGCGGCGGCCAGGCUGGAGGGCCCGCUCAUCAAGAUCGACAUGCCCAGGAAGAGGUAUCCAGCCUGGGACGCGCACUACGUGGACCGUCGGCUGCGGCGCACCAUCAACAUCUUGCAGUACAUCACGCCGGCCGCCGUUGGAAUCCGCUACCGUGACGGCCCACUGCUCUACGAGCUGCUGCAGUACGAGUCCUCGCUCUGAGUUCCCGGGGCCGGGGGGUGGGGGGGGUUGGGGGCUGCUCUACGAGCUGCUGUAGUACGAGUCCUUGCUCUGAGGGCCAGGGGCCGGGGGGGGGGGGGGGUGCCCGCUGCUCUAUGAGCGGUUGCAGUACGAGUCCUCGCUCUAAGGGCCAGGGCCCGGGAACGGACGGACGCAAAUACGCAAGGACACAGAUGCGUCACGUCAGAGGGGAUGCAGUGUGUCCGGUGUGUGAGUGGGAGAGAGAGAGAGAGUGUGUGUGUGUGUGUGUGUCUGUGUGUGUGUGUGUGUGUGUUUAGAGAUCAAUGCGGGAAAGAGUUGCUGUUCACUCCCAAACUGUGUCAAAUAGAAAGCACAGGAACAGUGAUGGGACCCUGUCACAAGCAAACAGGCACACACAUACACACGCUGGUUUCCAGAAAUCCAGUGUUGACGUGAUGCUCCACAACAAUGUGUCACAUUCGGACAUGCAAACGCACAAAGACAUGGGCACAGACACACACACAAACACCUGCUGUGAUCUCAGGCCUGUGAGUCUAAUACGAUGACUCAACAAGCUGCUUCGGUUUGAGCUCUGUCUCUUUCUACCUCUUUUCUUUGUUUCUCUACCUCUCUCUCUGUCUCAAUCCUUUCUGUUCUGUUCUCACUCUCACACUCUCUCUCUUUCCAUCUCUCUUGCUCAGUCUCUCUCUCUCUAUCUCUCUCUCUACCUCUCUCUCUCUACCUCUCUCUCUCACCCCUACCUCUCCUUUGGCUCUUUUCAUUUCACUCCGUGUUCUGCUGUGAUAAAAAAAAUCUCUUCAAAACAACAACAACCACAACAGCAACAACAACAGCAGUUGACAAAAACAAACACAUACAGAGCUGAAGCACACGCGUGGCUACCUGCAUGCCUCCUUGGUGUCCCACGUCUUUAUACAAACCGGUCUGGAAGAAGCUGGAAGAGGCCGGUCUGGUCUAUUAUCAGUAGUGAACCCAGUGUUAGCUAAACAAGGGGCUGGAUAUAUUUUUAUGUAGAGAAGGCUUCUCAGCUGGUUUCUUUGUUUGGUUUUAUUCUUCCUCGGAGGUUCAAGGCUGGCAGUCCAGAGUCUCUCGGGAUAUGCCGGAAAACAUGCAUUGUCAACAAAUAUUUGAUUGAAGGUAUGUGUUGGUGUGUAUGUGUGUGUGUGGGGGGGGGGAUAUUCAAGCACUGGAUACUUCGAGCUCUCAAGCACACAGUGGUUAAGGUUUAAUGUGGGUGCAUCUUCCCAUGUGGUGCUCUGUCUCUACAGUUAAUAUUAACAGUAUAUUAACUGUCUCACAUUGUUUAUAUAUAUAUAUAUAUAUAUAUAUAUACAUAUAACUGUGUCGAACAGGUCAUACACAGUGAGGUGGUCUGUUAACAUCCUGUUACAGUGCGCUGUGCACUUUGUUGAACAUUUGAGUAAAAUCAGCUUCGGUCCUCAUGUACAUAAGUGAGUGUAAAACACUAAGCACAGCACAAUGAAUAAUCUAACCUAGACCAGGGCAUUUUGUGUUUUUCUGUGUGUGUGUGUGUGUGUGUGUGUGUGUGUGUGUGUGUGUGUGUGUGUGUGUGUGUGUGUGUGUGUGUGUGUGUGUGUGUGUGUGUGUGUGUGUGUGUGUGUGCACGUGCUGUAGCUUCCAAUUAUCUUAUUUCUUUUCCGGGGGGUAUUGUGGGUGAUGAAGUCCCCACUCUCCCAACCCUUCACCCCAGACAUGACGCUUGUUGCAUUCAUUAUGUUUGUUGUCCCCUGCAAGGCGGGCUGUUGCGGAGCUGGUCGGCAGGGGUCUCCCACCCUGUACCGUAGAGCCUAACAUCACAGGCGCUCUCAUCAUUGCGAUAACGAGGGAGCACGAGACCCGCUGGCAUGGCGGUUAGCCCGCUCACAUGACUCCUAGCCACGGGAACAACAACAACAACACGUUGCCUCUGUGAUGACGAGAGGUGUCAUGGCUUAUUAGGAACAACCGCUGUUGGCAGAGAGCGAUGGCACAUACACAGGACACAUAGCCCAAAGACAACGAUAUGACAUCGGUUCACAUGUAAGAUCGUUCUAGUCGCAAGCUCCAACUCCUGGAGGUUUAAAGGGGUGUAUUUAAGCUAUUCUUGUUGACGUACACGUCUUAUUGGAUUUGAAACCACAGAAAAGUAUUGACAUCAAGAAAAUUCCAUAUUAUAGUAAGAAAAUAUAUUAUUUCAAUAAUAACCCAGCCCCCUAAAAUGCGAAAAACGCCUAGCACGAGUAGUAAGCUUUGGUCGUGCUAUUUGUGUCUCACAUGCAUUUAUUCAGAUUGUUUUAUAUUUAGUUAUCGGUUUUGUAUUGUUCCAUGUUAUGUCAUGGUUUAAUUUCCUAACUUAAGCGAUAAGCAUUUCGAGGAGAUAGUAGAGCAAUCCCUUUGACGUGACAAAACGUUAAAAUCUUCAGCGGUGCCUCGAAGCUUGGAGCUAGGAGGGCUUUUCUGCGGUGCUACAACAUAACAUACGCAGGCUCCACUGUCCUGAACAUUGUCAGCUGACAAACUAAACAACUGCAAUUAGCAAGCCACAGGUCCUCAUAUGAUAGCCAGUUGCUAACCGCCAACUAGCUUAGUUCCACUUUUUUCGAAUGGUGCAACUGUGACUCAUUUCUAUACGGUGCAAUAGAGGCAGGUCUUAUUGUCUCUCUCUUAGAGGUCUAGGGUGCAGUAACUCCAGCAGCCCUUCACACCUCUGCCAAGGCUUUAGGCCCACCCCCUAGACCAAACACACAACUGCUCUUCCUGUCCUGCAGAAGCUAUGCAAGUCGCCGAAGCAGAGACACACACACACACACACACACACACACAAACCCCAAGGACACACACUUACAAAUACACCAAUACAUACACACACAUAUGGGCAUGCACAGACAGAGCAGUACAAAGGUACACACUUCUGCACACACACACUGUUGCAAAUGUAACUACACAUACACUCAAACACGCAUGCAUACAAAUACUAAUAUAUUCACACACACCAUGACAAGGACAUAAAACACUCGAUAUAACACACUUGUGCAGACCCACACUUAUGCAAACUCACUUGUUCACACACACAUGUGCACAGACAAUUGUGCAAACACACACAUGCACAUACACACUUGUGCAGACGAACACUUGUGCCAACACACAUGUGCACACACACACUUGUGCAGGCACACACGUGCACACACAUACGUGCACAUAAACACAUGUGCAAACGAACACUUGUACACACACACACACGUGCACACAUCCACACACACACGUGCACACAAACAGGCCCACACAAACAUACAGUCCUGGCUCGCCUCCACUCCCUGUUUGAUAUGGGAUCAAAGUUCAUCUGGUGCUACUGAGGAAGGCCACGUACACUCACGUGCAUGUGUAUUUGCACAAGACACAAGUGACAGCCAAAAACUCCUUCACAUGUUUGUAACUCAAACAUACAAAAGAAACAUACAAAUAAUGUAAAUGUGUAGGAUUAUAGGGCGACGGACAAAUAACAACUUAUCCCUUUACUGUGGGCUCUGGGCUGUGUAAAUACUGUGUUGUCAGUGCACACAACAUCACACACACUUAUUCUGGUUCAAGAGACACAGUGACACGGAUGGGAGGGAAUCCAUGAAACUUUAUCGUUGAUAAAUGCCACAGCUUCCGUCAUAAGGUGGGCAUGGGUGCAUGAGGCCCAUCUGAGACAGGCUUUUGUUUGAUGGUUUUUCAUACUUUGUGUUUAGAUUUUGUUUUACUAUUUACCGUUAUUUUUGGGGUAGGGUUUUGGUUCACCCACAGUUGAAUAAAGUUGAAUAUCUGUCUAAUGUAUGAAUUUACAAAAAGUAUUGACAAAAAAAAAAGAACAGCCUAGCACAUGAAAAACUUGGAGAACUUCACAUGAUUGAGGUCAGAUCUAAAGAGUAUUGUCCGUUAUUCUUCCGUGCUCCUGCGCAUUGUCACUGUGCUGUGAUGUCCAGUACUACUGAGGUGUAGAUUCUUGUCAAAACUUUGUUCUAAAUGCACGAAAAACUGCUCACACAUGAAGAAAAUACUUGGUUUGACCAUUGACGUUUUUGGUCUCGGUCUUUAAAAACUAUGUAAAUGGUUAAACUUUUUAAAAUCAAGGUAUAAUAAAAUAACAUCAACAAUACGUUCUUAGAACACAAUGCUGUUUUUCUUAAAUAUUUACGGCAAAAGAAAAUACAUCAGUACCCUCCCGACCCCAACCGUUGCCAAGGAAACCACCAUCCGGCCGCAUACGGUGCUUCUCUCCACAGUGGCCCCAGCCGCUGUGCACGAGAGGCGGGGCAUGCACAAGAAAAACAAAGGGUCAGCUGUGAAGCCUGAAGGUGAUGAGGAACCACGAGGGUCUAAUUCGGGGGUCUCCUCCAUCUUGGAGACUGUGUGAACCAGAACAGAGAAACCUGAGGUCUUCCACCGGUCCCCAACUCUUCCUUUUCCUUGUUGUAGCAUCAACAUGGUUUUGAAUGUUUUUAAUGAUGCUAUACAAUGAUUUUAAUGUUUUUGUUCAUUUAUGAUGGCCACGAUACAUUCAUUUCCCCCAUGUUUAUUCUUAAGUGGUCUAAAGGGGCAGUGUGCAAGCCCACCCUCGGCCUACUGUCUGUUUGCUGAGGCCGGCUGUCUGUCUGCUGAGGAAGGUUCUACAGAGGAGAUAAAGGUGAAACAUGUCAGCUAUACCUGACCCAGUCGGGGUAGAUAAAGGAAUGUGUACUUGAUUGUGUAUAAAAGCAAGAAUUGUAUUUAUUUAUUUUUGGGUGUAUCAGGGUUGUAGCCUAGUGAGGUACGCACAAGGCCAUGUUAGGAUGCCAAUUGGCAUGAAAGUAGGCUUAAUCUCCUUCUCUGACUUGGUGUAUAUUCAAAUUUGGUACAAGAAAAUACGGAUGGAUGUCCAACACAUUGAAAAGAUCUCCUAUAAGCACAGGGUGUGGCCAGAAUAGACCUAGUGAUGGCCUAUUGAGGGACACACAACUAUUUUGUAUUAAUUUCUAGUCUUGCCCUGGCAUUACAAAGGGCCCAUACUUUUUGACUACCACAUUCAUUCCUUGAUAAGACGAGUAGCAUUAGAAAACCUUGCUGUGCGAAAGUGACUGAUGUUUUAUUCAGGAACUUUCUUGUGGUUGCCGUUUCUGAUUGUAAAUACCUUCUCCAUGGUAACCUCCUUCUCCUUUGGGUCCAUGCUUGGUGGUUAUUGUUUACCUAUUUGUUUCAAUGGCUCUGUCUAAUGUUAACGAUCUACGUUCUUUAAACUAACUGGACUGUAAGGGAGUUGGGGGGGGGGUUUCGGGCAAACCAUGUUUUUAUUUUUUUGUCUGUGCGAUCGUGUUGUUCUUAUAAGCACAUUAAGUAGGGUUGAGGGAAAUAGACAAACUCUCCAGAGUAGCUUAGGCAGGCAUACGUUUUAAGAUAUAGGUCAAUUGAUUAAAGAGAAAUGUAUUUCUAUCGCAAGACGGUAGAUUUGAUAAUGCCUGAGUAGUGUUUAUUAACACUGCAGAUUGUUCUGGAUGAUCAUAAACUUUAAAUGAUGUAUUUUCACUACAGUGAGAUUUUACUUUGAUACAGUCGGCCUACAUGCAUGAUACAAAGAGUUAAAAAUCGCUAAAGCACAUGAAACAUUGCUCAAUACAGUAAUCUGGAUCAAACUGCUGGAAGAUGAUGUCACGUCAUGCCAUAGUAUGAUGAGUGACAUCACUUUGGAAUGAUCUACAACCAAUAACCACUGGUGCUGUCACUGUUGGAUUCAGAUUUAUUUUUCACCUUUGCAUUUCUCGACUUGGUGAUCAUGGUAUUGUAGUGCGCAGGCAAUUGUGUUGUAAAAUAGAGAAAAUGGUUCACCUGUGGCUUCAGUUCUGUUUAUUGAAAAUAAACUGACUAGCUUCCAAUUCAACUUCAGAUUGAACCGUGAAGAAACCCUUAGGCCUACAGGGUGCUACCGCCUGCAGCGCUUCAGUUCACUGACUGAAUCGCUGAGCACCGCGGUCGCGGCUUACACGACCAUCCCGGUUAUCAUAACCGUCCUAUCAUGGGACAAAGCAAUUAUUUUUAUUUCCUUUCUAACCAAUCACAGCAUCCAUGGGGCGCAGUGGUGAUGACAGUGACAUAACUGCACACCUGAAGUCCGUCUGUGUAUUCGCGGCUUACACGACCAUCCCGGUUAUCACAACCGUCCUAUCAUGGGACAAAGCAAAUAUUUUUAUUUCCUUUCUAACCAAUCACAGCAUCCAUGGGGCGCAGUGGUGAUGAAAGGGACAUAACUGCACACCUGAAGUCCGUCUGUGUAUUCUGUGUCAAUAUUAAGGGUUAGGUGGGUGUAAUGUUUAUAUUUUCAAUGGCCCGUCGGCGGCCAGCAUUAGAAAAAGGUGUUAUUUUUGUUACAAUAUUUGGAAAUAAAUUAUUUAACUUACAGAUGACCGCUCAAACUAUAAACAGAUUUUAAACAAUGUAAAACAGAUAUACUAAUGAAUCAUGUACAGUUCCAUUUUGGUUUUGAACACAAAGACACACUAGGUUGAUUUUAUAUAUUUACCAUUUUAUUACAUUGUAAUGUUGUGACUGGGAUGAAGAAAACAUGUCUAUAAAGGAAUAUACAUACAUUUUUUAAA